CCAGUCCCCCAGUCGAGCCCCAACACCGGCUGCCCUCCCCGGUGGAUACAGUUGUCAUUUUUUUUUUUCAUCCCAUUCGUGUGCCGCUAUAAAUCCCUCUUUUGACUUUUAAAGAAAGCCAAAGUUGUAUAUUAUCGCUUCAUUUUGGGUUUCGCCUCAGCAGCGUGCGGUUGAAGAGGGACGCCAGCAUGGUUUUAAAGUCGGAAGACGGCGUCGUGCCUGAUGACCUUAGUCCAGAGGAGAGGCAGGAGCUGGAGAGCAUCCGCCGCAGAAAACAAGAGCUGCUGCAGGACAUACAGAGGCUGAAAAAUGAGAUAGCAGAGGUGACCAGCGAGAUUGACAACCUGGGCCUGACUGAAGAAAGGAAAAGCAUGCAGAGGAACAAACAGAUGGGCAUGGGCCGGAAGAAGUUCAACAUGGAUCCCAAGAAGGGGAUCCAAUUCCUGAUUGACUGCUCCUUGCUGAAAAACACCAGUGACGACAUCGCACGCUUCCUCUACAAGGGCGAAGGCCUGAACAAGACGGCUAUCGGCGACUACCUGGGAGAGAGAGACGACUUCAACAUCGAGGUGCUGCACGCCUUCCUGCAGCUGCACGAGUUCUCGGACCUGAACCUGGUCCAGGCGCUGCGGCAGUUCCUGUGGAGCUUCCGGCUGCCAGGUGAGGCCCAGAAGAUCGACCGCAUGAUGGAGGCCUUCGCCCAGAGAUACUGCCGCUGCAACCCUGGCGUGUUUCAGAGCACAGACACGUGUUACGUGCUGUCCUUUGCCGUCAUCAUGCUGAACACCAGUUUGCACAACCCUAAUGUGAAGGACAAGCCCUCCGUGCAGAGAUUCACAGCGAUGAAUCGAGGCAUCAACGACGGUGGAGACCUGCCGGAUGAGCUUCUUCGGAACCUGUUCGAAAGCAUCAAGAACGAGCCGUUUAAAAUUCCGGAGGACGACGGCAACGACCUGACGCACACCUUCUUCAAUCCCGACAGAGAGGGCUGGCUGCUCAAACUUGGUGGACGGGUAAAAACCUGGAAGAGACGCUGGUUCAUCCUUACAGAUAACUGUCUUUAUUAUUUUGAGUUCACAACCGACAAAGAACCCAGAGGGAUCAUUCCCCUGGAAAAUCUGAGCAUCCGUGAAGUGGAUGACUCAAAGAAGCCGAACUGCUUCGAGCUCUUCAUCCCGGACCACAGGGAUCAGGUGAUCAAAGCCUGCAAGACCGAGGCGGACGGCCGCGUUGUCGAGGGCAAUCACACUUUUUACAGAAUCUCUGCUCCCACUGCCGAGGAGAAGGACGAGUGGAUCAACAGCAUUAAAGCUGCCAUUAGCAAGGACCCCUUCUACGAAAUGUUGGCCGCCCGCAAAAAGAAGGUUUCCUCCGCAAAGGGCGUGUAGUGCGCACAGACAGACAGGUUUGACUGAUAAGUGCUGCUGGAAAAACAAUGGAACUCAACACGACAUCAAUGAACCACUGUUGCACCUUUUUGUUUUUUUAUUUUUUUAAAUACAUAUACAGUAUUUAACAUGUCUGAGAACCACACACGCUGGUGAAGUUUGUUGCUUCUCCAGCAGGAAGCGGACUGAACAAUGUACAUCUCAUGAAAGACUGCAGAUAUUUGAGUCAGGCAUGGAAAAAAAAAAAAAAGAAAAACUGGAUCUCUUUUUACAUUUUGUUUCCACACAUCCCCCCCCCAUGCUUUCAAAGCACAGUUUGUAGAAAUGAAGGUGAUAGAAGGCGAUGCUCUGUAUUUAUUUGUCCUUAUUUAUUCUUUUAUCGCAAUAAAAGUUUACAACCAA